AUGUCUAACUACAAAGUCGCCGACAUUUCACUUGCUGCCUUCGGUAGAAAGGACAUUGAACUCAGUGAGAAUGAGAUGCCAGGUCUCAUUUACAUCAGAGAGAAGUACGGACCUGCCCAACCUUUGAAAGGUGCCAGAAUCGCCGGAUGUCUGCACAUGACUAUUCAAACCGCCGUCCUCAUUGAGACUUUGGUCGCCUUGGGUGCUGAGGUCACCUGGUCCUCAUGUAACAUUUUCUCCACCCAGGACCACGCUGCCGCUGCUAUUGCUGCUACCGGUGUUCCAGUCUUUGCCUGGAAGGGAGAGACCGAGGAGGAGUACUUGUGGUGUAUCGAGCAACAAUUAUUUGCCUUCAAGGACAACAAGAAGCUGAACUUGAUUUUGGACGACGGUGGUGAUUUGACUUCUUUGGUCCACGAGAAGUACCCUGAAAUGUUGGAUGACUGUUUCGGUCUGUCCGAGGAGACCACCACUGGUGUCCACCACUUGUACAAGAUGGUCAAGGAUGCUACCUUGAAGGUUCCUGCCAUCAACGUCAACGACUCCGUCACCAAGUCCAAGUUUGACAACUUGUACGGUUGUCGUGAAUCUUUGAUCGACGGUAUCAAGCGUGCCACCGAUGUUAUGAUCGCAGGUAAGGUUGCCGUUGUCGCUGGUUUCGGUGACGUUGGUAAAGGUUGUGCCAUGGCUCUUAGAGGUAUGGGUGCCAGAGUUAUCAUCAGUGAGAUUGACCCUAUCAACGCUCUGCAAGCUGCUGUUGAAGGUUACCAAGUUGCCCCUCUUGAUGACGUUGUCUCCAUUGGUCAAAUCUUUGUUACCACCACUGGUUGCAGAGACAUCAUCACCGGUAAGCACUUCGAGCAAAUGCCAGAAGAUGCCAUUGUCUCCAACAUUGGUCACUUCGACAUUGAGAUUGACGUUGCUUGGUUGAAGGCCAACGCUCAGGACGUCAGCAACAUCAAGCCUCAAGUUGACAGAUACUUAAUGAAGAAUGGUCGUCACGUUAUUCUUUUGGCUGACGGUAGAUUGGUCAACUUGGGUUGUGCCACUGGUCACUCUUCUUUCGUCAUGUCCUGUUCUUUCUCUAACCAGGUCCUGGCUCAAAUUGCUCUGUUCAAGUCUAACGACAGUGAGUUCAGAAAGCAAUUCGUUGAGUUCGAAAAGUCUGGUCCAUUCGAUGUUGGUGUCCACGUUUUACCAAAAAUCUUGGAUGAAACUGUUGCCAGAUGCCAUUUGGCUCACUUAGGUGCUAAGCUGACCAAGUUGUCCAGUGUUCAAUCUGAGUACUUAGGUAUCCCAGUUGAGGGACCUUUCAAGGUUGAUCACUACCGUUACUAG